ACUUUAGUGUUGGCGGGCGUAGCCAUCUUUGUAGUAUUGGAGUUGGCGGCGUUCUGUGUAGUGUGUGAAAAAUCUUCAAACAUCCACAAUGUCGGAAAGAGAGGAUAAUGUUUAUAAAGCAAAGCUUGCCGAGCAAGCAGAGCGUUAUGAUGAGAUGGUUGAUGCCAUGAAAAAAGUAGCGUCUUUAGAUGUUGAAUUAACCGUGGAAGAACGCAAUUUGUUAUCAGUGGCCUACAAAAAUGUAAUUGGCGCACGACGAGCUUCAUGGCGAAUUAUUUCAUCUAUUGAACAAAAAGAGGAAAAUAAGGGAGCAGAAGAAAAAUUGGAAAUGAUUCGACAGUAUCGGUCACAGGUAGAAAAGGAAUUACGUGAUAUUUGUAGUGACAUUCUCGGUGUAUUGGAUAAACAUUUAAUUCCUUGUGCUUCAACUGGUGAAUCUAAAGUAUUCUAUUACAAGAUGAAAGGUGAUUAUCAUCGUUAUUUAGCCGAGUUUGCAACCGGUAAUGAUCGUAAAGAGGCUGCUGAACAUUCAUUGGUGGCAUAUAAAUCAGCUAGUGACAUCGCCAUGACAGAGUUGCCACCCACACAUCCAAUUCGGUUGGGUUUGGCAUUAAACUUUUCUGUAUUCUAUUAUGAAAUAUUGAACUCACCAGAUCGCGCCUGUCGUCUAGCUAAGGCUGCAUUUGAUGAUGCCAUUGCAGAAUUAGACACUCUAUCUGAAGAGAGUUACAAGGACAGCACACUUAUUAUGCAAUUGUUGAGGGACAAUCUUACUCUUUGGACGUCUGAUAUGCAAGGAGAUGAAGUUGCAGGUGAAACUGAACAAAAAGAAACACUGCAAGACGUCGAAGAUCAGGAUGUGUCAUAACUUGCAUCUUGUGUUUAAAAAAUAAAAAAAAUAAACAAUGUACUGUAAUUUGUGUACUCGCGCAGUGGUGAUGUGGCAAAAAAAAAAUUUCUUGGAUUGUGCCACAGUAACUGUGACAUAAUUCAAAUAAAU